AUGGCGCGGCCACAGGACCAUGGCAUGACAAGAGCGGCAGGCGAUUGGGAUGUCGCCGUGACGCACAGCGAUACGCCCCCCGUAGCCUCUGCAUCAGCGAAGGCGGCGGCUGAGGCCCACACGGCGCCUGCACACCGGCGUCGUACGUUGCCGAAACCGACCAAGGCGAUGCAAGCGCAUGGCGAUUUGGAGCUGGAUAAACAUAGCGGCACCUCGCGUCUCGUCGAGCAGGAAGACGGGCAUGGUCGUGGUGCCGGAUUUUACUGCGACGUAUGCAAGAAAAUGUGCAAGGAUAGUGUAGGCUACUUGGAUCAUAUUAAUGGACGUUCGCACUUGCGUCGGCUCGGGCAGACGACGCAGGCAGAGCGUGCGACACUCGAACAGGUCCGUGAGCGCAUCGCAGCUGUACGGGCGGAACGGAUGCUAGGCGCCACGCCCGCACAACGCUACGACUUUGAUAAGCGAUUAAAAGAAAUUGCGGCCGAGCAGCGUCGCGAGCGAGAGUCGCGACGCACAUCACGACGGGAGCAACGCCUACGCAAGAAACAGAAACAGUCGCAUGACGACGACGAGCCUGCCGUUAUGGACGAUGCAGACGUGAUGGCCGCCAUGGGAUUUGGCAGUUUCGGGCCAAAGCGGUAG